UUUGAGACACAAAUGUCGCACGACGACCCAAUUUUUUUGUGCGGAGACUUCGUAUCCUAGCAACCGAAUAUCAACAUUCAGAAUUGAAGACAAGAUGGCGACCGAACGGGAGAAAGAAGCUUCUGCUUACCUGGAAAAACACAAAAUCUUCGACCUCAUGAAAAACCUCACCAGCAUGCUCUUUUUUUACAGACCAGAUGAUCCCAAAGAGUUUCUCAUUGAGAAACUGAAACAACUAAAAGAAGCUCGAGAUAACGGCCAAGAAGCGCCCAGUCUCCUCAGCCCUUCCAACCUGGAUGCAGUGUUUGGUCUAGUGGACCCAGCCAAUCAAAGACAUGUCACGUUUACACAAUACAAACAGGCUCUGAUCUCACUGGGCAUGAAAGACAUCAAUGAAUGUCCUGAUGGUGUAAACGAAGACAAAAUAUCCUAUGAUACUUUCAUAACAGAAGGGAUGAUAAGCUUGCAGAAAGGCUCAUCGACAUACAAACAACCCUAAAUAUUUAUUUUUACUCCUAAAAGUAACCCUUUUUUGUUUCUUUAUACACUUUUGCAAUGCUGUUCCAUUUUAUGCUUUGAGACAGACCUAUAUGAGAAGAUAGCAUGACAUUAUUUUAUAACAAUACAAAUAAAACAAUGGAGCAUUUGA